AUGUCGCACUUGAAGUUCUUCGCCUAUGAGGGGCAGGGUGUCGAGAAACAGCAAAAGUUCUCGUAUAGCCAAGCAGUGCGAGUUGGUGACCGCAUCGAAUGCGCAGGACAAGGUGGCUGGGAUCCGAUCACCGGAGAGUUUGAAAAGGAGAUCAACGCACAGAUCGACCUUGCUUUCGAAAACGUGGAACGCUGCCUCAAGGAUGCCGGUGGGAAAGGAUGGUCCCAAGUCUACCGAGUCAAUUCGUACCACGUUCCUAUCAAUAAUGAAGCUCUGGCUGCCAUGGUGCGAAACUUCCGAAAAUGGAUGCCAGACCAUCAACCUCUUUGGACUUGUGUUGGCGUUACGCGGCUUGGCGAGGACGACAUGCGAGUGGAGAUAGAAGUCGUGGCACACGUUGGAUAA